AUGCAGUUACUGCUCCUAAUUCUCGUAUUAACUAUUUCGAUUUCCGAAGGUGGAAAACUGGGUCGUCUACAAUCUGUGGCGGUAAGUGGUCAAGUGAAAUGCGAAGGAAAACCAGCAGUGGGAGUACGAGUCGACUUGAUGGAGUCAGACAAUAACAUGGAAGAAAGUGGAAUAAUUGAUGAUGAUGAUUUCAUGAGUUAUGCAGUUACGGAUGAGUUGGGAAACUUCAAUAUGAGUGGAUCGGAAGUUGAGAUAUCUGGGAUUGAGCCGUAUAUCAAUAUCUUUCAUAAAUGUGAUGAUGGACUGUCGCCUUGCCAACGAGUGCUUCGUAUCAACAUCCCAAAAUCAGCUACAAUUUGGGGUGACACUCCAACAGAGCUCUUCUCAAUUGGAAUUUUCGAAUUGGCUGGAAAAGUGAUUGGAGAGCGAAGAAGUUGUGCCUACCGGAAUCUAACAUCAACUUCUAUUUAA